GCCUGUGUUCAGAGUAAGCCUUCAGUGCAAGCAGCACACAAGCUAAGAAUACCACAGCUCAACAAACUUCAGCGGUGAACCAAUACACUUCCUUCCCUGAGUUUUCAGGAGCUUUGGAUAUUUCCAUCCUUUGGAAUAUUUAUUUUUUUUAAAGCUCGACUUUUCAUGGAUUACCUCAAGACAGUUUUGUUUUUCAAUUAAACAGAGGAUUUUAUCAGUUAAGAGUUCUCAAAAGAAGCAGGUGUGCUUGAUCAUUUAAAGGUUGACCACUGGUUUUAGUUACUCAACCAAAAGACUUUCCAUUCCACAUUGUGCUUUGUCCUUCCAACAUCCAAAAUCCAGUUUCCAGGAUAUAUUGUCAUCCAUCUUUGUAAGUACACUAUAAAUUAUGAGAUUGCUUUGGUAAAUAAAGUGACGGCAUGAGGAACGACUGUCAAGAGGCGAUAAACUGAGCAAGUAAACAUUGCAUUCUUCCAAAUAACGAUGGCUGCUGUGGAAUCUGAGUGGCUUAGACGUUCGAGUGUUGUUCGGGGUUGAACUUCGAGACGGUAGUCGGACCAUUCCAGAGAAACCGACGUCGGGUGAACAGCCAAAGGAACAAAUAUCUUUACAGACAGCUGGACUUUACAGCUACACCAAUGGACAGACACGAGGUUGAGAUUGUGUCCUCAAAACCCCACAGCAAAGGGAGGAAACGAAUCCGACUUUUCCCUCCGUCCAUCUUCCUCCCUCUGUGUGUAUUGCUGUGUGUUUGGGGUCAGGUGGAAGGAGUGGUUCAUUCCAGCUUUCGUCGGCUCAGUGGUCGGGAAAAGAAGGAGAUGCAGAAGGAGAUUUUAUCCAUUUUGGGUCUCCCCGGGCGGCCUAGGCCUCACCCGCCGCUGCGGCCGCCUUCCUCCGCCCCGCUCUUCAUGCUGGACCUUUAUCAUGCGGUGUCGUCUGAGGCUGAUGACAGGCCGGGUUUGGGUUUCACUCCGGAAGUGGUCAGUCAUGCCGCACUGCCCACUUUAAGCACACACAUGCCGCCGCUUGGUACAGUGGUCAGUGAGGCAGACACGGUUAUGAGCUUCGUCAACCUGGUUGAACAGGAGAAGGAUCUGCUACAGCCUCGGCCAUACUGGAAGGAGUUUCGCUUCGAUCUCACUCCGCUUCCUCAGGGAGAGACGGUCACCGCUGCUGAGUUUCGCAUCUAUAAAACUCUUAGCGUGGGUUGGCGUUCCAACCACACCCUCCAUAUCUCUGUCUAUGAAAUCCAGAGGGAGAAAAGACACAGGGAGCCUGAGCUGGUGCUGCUGGACAUGCAGUCUGUACCUGCUGGUCAGGAAGGUUGGCUGGCAUUUGAUGUGACUUCUGCAAGCAAUCGCUGGCUUCUCCAUCCUCGGAGCAACCUGGGCAUCCGCCUAUAUGUGGAAACUGAGGAGGAUCACAGGUCAUGGGUGGGUCUGGUGGGUCGGCGUGGGCCUCGCUCUAAGCAGCCGUUCAUGGUGACGUUCUUCAGAGCUAGUCAAGCCCCUUGCCGCCCACCGCGCGCUGUGAAAUACACUCCACGCAAGAAAAAAACUAAGUAUGACCUGCCACACCCAAACAGACCCGGCAUAUUUGACCAAAAUCAUACCAACAGUGGACGGCAGGCCUGUAAGAAACAUGAACUCUACGUCAGCUUCAGUGACCUUGGCUGGAAGGACUGGGUUUUGGCCCCUACGGGUUAUUCUGCGUAUUAUUGUGACGGGGAAUGUGAUUAUCCUCUGGGCUCUUGUAUGAAUGCCACAAACCAUGCCAUGAUCCAGCUGCUGGUUCAUCUUCUAAGACCAGACGAAGUGCCUAAAGCCUGCUGCGCUCCAACCAAACUCAGUCCCAUCUCUGUGCUCUUCUAUGAUGACAACAACAAUGUUAUUCUAAAGAAACAUCGAAAUAUGGUGGUCAAGAAUUGUGGCUGUCUAUAGCCACUCGCACAUUCCUGUUUUAAAUCUGACACGAUGUAGAUUUGUUAUAAUACUCACAGCCACCAUUUGUAAUAUAGUCAUUAAAAUUUAUUUAGCCAAACGAGCGCUUCUGCCUGUCCCAAAUGAUUGACAAAUUAUAUUUAUUGAAGCGUCAUGAUGGUUUAUCAGCAUGUGACCAUUUUAGUGUGAGUGGAUUUAAGGUUGGUCCAUCCCAUAAUAAAAAUGUACUUUUCGCA